CAAGACAUCAUAGUGGAAAUUUUGAAGAAGCUGUAAUGAUUUUGAGAUAUCUGAGUGCUGUACCCACAAUGCUGUUUCGAGGUCAACGUAGGUCACACUGAAAACUAGAAAACGUGUUCAGGACUGAGACUUCCAGUUUUCCGUAAAGUUCUUCAAUAAUAUGGCCUUUUCGGGAUCUAGACUCGUGGCGUCCGCCGCAGCAAAGCUUCUAGGACAAAGCAGACAGGGAUUCACAGCUCUGACUGGCGUUUCGAGGUCGCUUUUAACGUUUUCAGCGGCGGAAGGACACAGCCUGCGGUCCGCAUGUUUCUCCCGGUCAUUCACACGGUCCAUGUGGGUCCUCUGCAGCAAGAGACCGGACACUGACCUCUUGAACGGUGGAGUGGUCAAGCUGACCGACGUCAACAAGACCUGCAGUUGCUGUGGGCUGCAUACUCAAGGGGACAAGGAGCUCGCAAACUUCCUCUCAAAGGAGAUUGAGUCAGAGAAAGACAACUUGCAAGAAGCCCCCAAACUGAAGGACUUUGAAAUCUCUACUAAAGGGGCAGAAGUCACGCUUACCAGAAACUUUGAUGGAGAAAUUGUGACGAUUGACUUUAAUGUCAACCUGUCAGUGGAUGAUGAGUCUAUGGAUGAGGAGUCUGAACAGCCACAGAUGGUUUCCAGACCCAGGUUCACAGUGGAGCUGAAGAAGUCUGGAGGUUCCAGCCUGAGUCUGAACUGUUCCUUUACUGGUGAUGAGGGGACUACAGGGGGGGAGGAGGAGGUGGAUGUGUUCCAGAUCGACGAGGUGACUCUCCACGAGGGGGAGGGGGAGUGGCAGGAGAGCAGCUACAUCGCUGGGGCAGACAACAUGGACGGGACCCUGUAUGACUUGUUGAUGACCACGUUAGAAGAGCGUGGAGUUGACAACGACUUUGCAGCAAAGCUGGUGACCCUGUCCACAUCCCACGAGCACAGGCAAUACAUCAAGUUCCUGGAAGACUUGAAAUCUUUUGUCUCCAAAUAAACAUGUUAAAAGAAGUCAUCAGGAUAGCAUUAUCAUGCUGUCUAACUACACAAGGCUUUGGUAUAGGAAAUAGUUCAAUAAAGGUUUAGGUUGUAGGAUGUAUAGUCUUAGGGCCACUACAUUGUUAUUUCUCGUUUCAUGGCAUAAGCCUCUGACAUUUUGUCUUACAGUAAGGAUAUACCUUUGUAAGCUCUAAUCUUACAGGUUAAGUUAGAAAUAUCAUUGACCUCAGCAAUGUGGUGUAUAUUACAUACUUAUACUUCUAUAAUAAAAGUGAAGUAUGUAUGCAAGACAUUCGGUUUUAUUUUGUCUUUUUACAUUGCUAUGAGUGUUGCACAAGACACUUGAGUCACCAGCAAUCAUUUUUAUGCCGUUUGGUCUAAUCAUCUAAAACAGCUGAGAACCAAGGUACAUGACUUACUUGAUUAAACAAUACAUGUGAUCAUUAGAUGAGAUACUAGUUUGAACUUGUGGCUAUUCUAUUUUUUAAAGUUGCAAGGGUUUGGUCCUAUUAUUUGUUUCAAAUAUGGUAAAAGUUUGGACAGAGGAAUAAGAAUAAACUGGGGGAGGGACCUCUCCCUACCCCUUCCUGAAAUGUUAGAAUGAGUAGUCCCCAGCUACAUCAUACCUAUGGGAAAAUGUGUGUCCUUCCACAAUAUAGAAUUUAAGUGGAAUAAAAGUCAUUAUAUUCAAA